AUGCCGCCCAACCUUUCCCACACCCUCCCCGAGGUCCUCUCCCUCCUCCUCCCCUCCUCCUCCUCCUCGUCCCCCUCUCCCGCCGGCAACUGCCUCCCGAUCUGGUCAACACUCCCAGCAGACGUCCUUACGCCCGUCAUUGCGUACUUGCGGUUGACAGAUGGAGCCAAGGAUGGGGAGAGUUUCUUGCUUGAGGGUGCGGUCAAGGGAGAGACGGCGGGAAGGUGGAGUUAUGUCGGUGCUGGCCCGAAGGAGGUGUACCGGUCAGGACCUGGGCAGGACCUGGGCGCCGUCGACCCGCUGAAACCGCUCGAGAAGAACCUGAGCAAGUACAAGUUCAUCAAGUUGCAUGGCGCACCCCCCUUCACCGGCGGCGCCAUCGGCUACGUCGGCUACGACUGCAUCCACUACUUUGAGCCGAAGACCGCACGGUCCGACCUCUCCGACCCGAUGGGCAUCCCCGAGUCCGUCUGGCUCCUGCACGACACGAUCGUCGCGUUCGACCACCUCUUCCAACGCGUCUACGUCGUCUCGCAUGUCUACCUCCCCGACUCGUCCGCUUCCGAAGCGACCGUCCAGGCUUCAUACAACGAGGCAGUCAAGAACAUCGAUGCGGUCCUCUCGAAACUCCUCUCGACCGCUCCUCUUCCCCUGCCCGAACAACCACCCAUCACGCCCGCCCCUAUUCCUGCGAACGAGAAGCCUGACGAACGGUAUGCGCGGUUGGACAAGAUGUCGAAUGUUGGCAAGGAAGGGUACGAGCGGUUCGUGACCAGCUUGAAGGGGAGUAUCGUGCAGGGAGAGAUUAUCCAGGCCGUCCCGAGUCAGCGGCUGAGGAGGGAAACGAAGUUGCAUCCGUUCAACGUCUACCGACACCUCCGCCAACUGAACCCCUCGCCAUACAUGUUCUACAUCAACUGCGGGAACGGGACGCAGCUGGUUGGCGCCUCGCCCGAGUGCUUGUGCAAGGUCGAGGAGGGAGGGAAGGUGACGAACCACGCGAUUGCGGGAACGGUGCGGAGGGGAAAGACGCCUGCCGAGGACGCCGCCCUCGCUGCCGAGUUGUCAGCCUCGAUGAAAGACCGCGCCGAGCAUGUCAUGCUCGUCGACCUCGCGCGCAACGACGUCAACCGCGUCUGCAAGCCCGAGACGGUCGUCGUUGACUCGCUCAUGCAGGUCGAAAAGUUCUCGCAUGUCAUGCACCUGACGAGUCAGGUUAGCGGGUUGCUGAGGGACGGGCAGACGAGGUUCGACGCCUUCCGGUCCAUCUUCCCUGCCGGCACCGUCUCCGGCGCGCCCAAGAUCCGCGCCAUCGAGCUCAUCUCUGCGCUCGAGCUCGAGCGACGCGGCGUCUAUGCGGGUGCGGUCGGACACUUUGACUUUUCGUCCGAGUCGAUGGACACGUGCAUCGCGAUCCGUACGAUGGUCUUCAAGGACGGUGUCGCGUUCCUUCAGGCUGGAGGGGGGAUCGUGUUUGACAGUGUCGAGGAGGACGAGUAUGUCGAGACUGUCAACAAGCUGGGCGCGAACGUCAGGUGCCUCGAGGAGGCCGAGGCCUACUACGCCGCUCUCCAGGCUGAACAAUGA